AUGCCCGAGUCCAGGGGCCCGCUGGGUUACCGCAGCAGCCCGCUAGCCUCUCCGCGCUCGCCGCGAAAGCAAAGCCGCCAGCCCGGAAGACCCGCACGUCGGUCCGCCAAGCCCAAGAUCGAACUGCGCGCGACGCAUGUGCACGCCGAGUACAAGCAGUUUUCAGAGGACUCGGCGACAGCGUACGAUCUGGGGCUGAAUGUUGGAAUGCUGGAAAUCCUGGACCAGCUCGAGUCAUCCGAGUGGUCCAAGUUCCUCACUCGCCGCCGCGACGCCAAAACCGGCCUCCCUUCGACCUUGCACUCACUGGCGACCACCCGCAACCGCGACUUGCUCACGAAGGGCACUUCCGACUCUGAUCGCGAGCUGCGCGUCGACGUCGAGAUCAGUCCUCUGCGGUGCUAUAUCCACCAGGACGCGCUGGAUUUCUUGAUUGCGUUCUUCGAGACGUCUGAGCGGCAUUCUGCCAUUCUAGCGAAUAUCAAGCGGGCGCAGGAGCAGGCCAUGACUCCCGAACGCAGGGCGAGCUCUGUCAAUCACCCGUACUUCCAGAUUGUCCGCAUUGCUCCUAUCAAUGUCAUAUUUGACUACAAGCCCCGGCGACUGCGCACAGCCGGGACUUCCUUGUCUUCGUCACGCAAGCCCGUCGAGUUGCUCAACUUUUUCCCGCUGGAGGACGCCGAGAUGACGCUGAACACGGUCAAGGUGCGCGGAGUCGCCGGCAUGUCCAAGCUCAUCAGAGAGCUGGGCAGUUCCUGGCUGCCACACCUGACGCAGACGCAGAUUCCCGGCGUGGUGUCGGGCAUGACGCCGCUGCGAUCGCUGGUCAAUAUUGGUUCGGGCAUGGCCGAUUUGGUGAUCCUACCCCUGGAGCAGUACCGCAAGGAUGGGCGUCUGGUGCAGGGAAUCAAGCGGGGCGCAAAGUCCUUUGCCAGGACUACUGCAAUGGAAGCCAUCCAGCUGGGCGCCAAGGUCGCGAUUAACGCACAGACGCUGCUCGAGCAAGCCGGUGACAUUCUUAACGUUGACGUGGCUAGCGGCGAGUCUAGCAACCCGAACUCGCACGACGGCCGGCUCGACGGCACACACUCUCCGCAUGGCGCCGACCAGCAGCCGCACAUUGUGGUCGAUCUGGCGGACUGGCCGGAUUAUAUGUCGGCGGACGGGCACGGAAGCUUGGCAGGCACAGAGCACAGCGCGAGCAUUGCCGGCGGUAGCGGGGGGCGGCGGAUCAGCUUCAACAAGAGCAAAUACGCGCGGCAGCCGGAGAACCUGAGCGAGGGCAUGCGCCAGGCAUACAUGAGAUUGCGCAGCAAUGUUGGCGACGCUGUGCAGACCAUAUUGGCCAUUCCGGUGGUUGUGCAGGAGAGCGAGGCGGACGGCUACCUGGACGAUAAUGGUGUUCCUGGGAGAUCGCCGGUGCAUGGGUCGGUCAGGGCAGUGGUGCGUGCGGUGCCGGUGGCUGUGUUGAAGCCCAUGAUCGGUGCCACUGAGGCGGUCUCGAAAACGCUGCUGGGCCUGCGCAACACCAUGGAGCCUGCGCGCCGGGGCCAGCUCGAGGACAAGUACAAGAGCCGCAGCCUGAACGCCAAGAAGAGCUAUCCGUCUUGAACCUCGGUCCGCUUGCUUUUGUGUGUGUUUCAAAUUGCCAUUAUUUGAUUAAUUAAUCAUUGCUGAUUUUCUUAUCCCCGCAUCUUUUUUUUGCUGUUAAAAAUGGCGUGUUUUAGUCUCAUUUAUCAGCCC